AACUGUUUCCAACUCGUCAACGUCAAAUGCACGCUUGCAAACUAGGGCCACUGAGCAACAAUGGAUGGCGAACCAAUGUCAUUCACCAGUCUAGCACUGAUGCUCCUCUUAGUGAUAGCAUUUAUAAUGUUCGCCUGUCACUGUUUGGGACCACGCGCCAAUACAUGGAUGCGAUCGAAUAAGGAAGAGAAGAUUGGACUAUCGAAAAAUAAACUUUUCCAUGCGAAUGGUUAUAUGAUCCAUUCCGGCUCUGAAUUCUUACUCAGCAACAGCGGCAGCUUUAAGCGGUUCGAUACUAUCGAUAAGGAUGAUUACCGGCAGUCGGGCCAACAGCCUACACAGCAUGCCACUACGCCACUCUGGAAUCUCGCUGGCGAGGGGGAAGUUGACUCAAAUAUACCACCCCAACCGUUACGACCCGCACCUGCACCUGGCUCACAACCCCUUGCCAGUGCAAGUCAUAUAAAAACAGUUACCUUUUCAUUUGAACAAAUCAAUGAGACCACGCCCACUACCAGCAACAAUAGCCCACGAUUCGGGGAUCAAAUAAACUCGAAUGGGCGUACUGGCAAUAGCGAUAGCGCGAUAAUGGUUUCAUGCAGGCGUUCUUCUAUGAAGUCCACGAAUAGCGCCGUACCUAAACCAAUUGAGGCACCACCUCCGCCACGGUUGUCUGCCUCGUCGUUGGCCUUGAGCGCUAGCGCCAUACCCCGACCGGUGGCAAAGAGACAGGUAUCAUUGCAAAAUGUCGGUAACGGUGCAGGUGCCACAGGUGCACAUAAGGAAACAAUCAAAACAGCAACUACAAAACAGGAAACUGAAGCUUUACCCACAAAAACGACAACAACUGCGAACACUUCAAAUGCGGAACAUAGCCAUUCAAAGACGUUGAAGCGUCGCAAUUCCAGCACAAACCCUUUCCUUUGUGAAUCCGUUGAGAGCUUACCGGAAUCCAACACUGCCUUACCACUACAGCAAACAUCGCAACAACAACAACACCAACAACAGCUUAACACACAUAAUAACGUGCAAAAUAAUUCUAACUACAAUGCCACCAAUUUCAAAGGACAUAUGGGCAAUGGUACCACAGCACACACUGAAACGGCUACGCCGGCAACAAUUACCAGCACAAACGGCAAUGCUGCAAAUGGUGUCUGCAAUCCUUUCCACAGCGAAUUGACUCAAGCGACAGAUACGAUAACAACCAACUCUAGCAACACUGCACCAACAUCGCUAAGCGCGAAAUCACUACAACAACAGUUCCAAGAACUCCGCAAUCGCUCCCUCUCCACCACCGAUGCAUCCGAAGACUCCGACCUGAAGUCGCUUUCAAGUGGACUGCGGCGGUUGACACAAAACUCAACAAAUCCCUUCACCGGUUUGACACAGCGGGUACAAAAGGGGCCACACAUGCUACAGAAAACCUUCUCGGAAGAUUUCCUCUUCCGCAAACUGGGUGUUAAUCCGAGUGGAGCACACAAUACACAGACGGCACAUUGCAUACCCGGUUUGAGUGGCAACGGCAGCAGCAGUGGUAGUGGCAAUACAACCUGGUCUUUCGGUCGUUCACUACUGCGCCAAGAUUCUCUAAUGAGCCUUGGCCGACGCAAUAGCUCACAAUGUUCACUCGAUUCGAGCGCGAGCGGUUCAAUGGAGGGCAUCAACUUGGAACGGGCCAUCUCAUGUGACUCGGUGAACUCGGACACCUCGUCAGUGUUUGUGGGCGAAUUGGAUCAGCCAUAUACACAGAUAACCGGCUACCUGUGUGUCGGUUUGCAAUAUGAUAAAAAUUCUAUUACCGACGAGGGCAUGGAGCUCACCGUUAUGGUGCUGGAGGCAAAGGGGCUAAUUUGUCCUUUUAACGUCGAGUCGUUAGACACUUUUGUGCGCGUUUAUCUUGUACCAGACGAGGCGGUAGCAAUGCAGACGAAGGUAUUCAAAGACUCAGUCACGCCCAGCUACAAUGAAUCGUUCAACUUUUGGCUAAAAAAACAACAAUGUCGACAUUCGCUUUGGUUCCAUUUAUAUCACAAUGGCGACGCGCAUACGCUUAUCGGUGAAGCAGAAAUGGAAAUCGGUGAAAUGCCACGGCACGUCACUACAUGGAUACCACUAACCGAUUCGCGCAAAUGUAAUGCACAGUGGGGCGAACUAAUGUUCUCAUUAAGUUAUUUGCCCACAGCGGAACGCCUUACAGUUGUGGUGGUGAAAGCGCGAAAUUUGAAAAUGGAAAUAAAAGAGGUUGGCAAAACAGCAACACCGCAACAAGUGCAAAACGUUUUUGUAAAAGUCUACUUGAUGAACAACGAGAAGAAAGUACUAAAAAAACGUACCUCUCUCAAACGUCGUGAUUUGUGCCCCAUAUUCAAUGAGUCGAUGAUCUUCAGUGUGCCUCCGCCAAGUCUCACCACUGUACAAUUGCGUCUCACCGUUUUUGGUGUAACGGAAGCUGAGGAUGGUGAGCGUGGCACACCGCGUAUUACACCGAUAGGUCAUGUGAUAGCUGGUGCUUGUGCUACGGGCAAGGGAUUGCGCCACUGGCAUCAAAUGCUCUCUUCGCUGCGAAAACCGGUGGCCAUGUGGCAUGUAUUGCGCCGCGCCUCCUACCAACCAAUAUUUACUGGUGGCGCCGAGGCUGUCGUAGCCGCCAUGCAAAGCUCUGCCUUACGUGCCAAGCGCAACAGUAUUAUAUAAAUUGAUGUUACUGUAAAUGAGCAACUUGGGGAAGAAAUCCAAUGUUUAUUGUGAAAAAAUUGUUCAUUACAAACGAAAAAUGUUGGUUGUAAGAAGCCCAUUUAUUUUAUUGCAGGCUUUACUUUUGGCUCCUUUUUAUACGGGAAAGUUACGACUUUGCGAUAUUGAAAAACUGAAAAAAGAUAGAUAUAUUAAAUCUGGAUUUUCCAUCCCUAUUUUGUGCGUAAUUAUACUUCCAGCAAAUUGGAUGUUUUAAUUGCAUACUCUGGGAAGUAUAGUUUUAGGUGUGCAAUCCAAAAUAAGACUUCUACUUCAGUAUUGUAUUAAGCAUUUAGUUGUACUUUUAUAGUGUCCACUUUAUACUCAAAGAUUUGCACACUCAAAAGAAAGAUGCUCUCUCCCUCUUUAACAUUCACUCAUCUAUACUCUAAACUCUUAACAUGCACGUGGUUUUCCGCACUGUACUUAUUUAUUCCUACUAUGAAACCAGCACUCUACCACAGUACGAUAAAAAAAUAUAAUCAUAUUUACUUCAAACUAUCAUACCUAGUCCAAAAGCGCAACUUAUACCUUUAAAUCGAAAACGAAAAAAACAAAAAACAAAAUAUAUACAUACAUAUAUUAUAAUAAUGUAUUUAUAUUUAUACAAAUAUAGUAUAUUCGUAGCAUAUGCACUCGGGUUUGUAGCUAAUCAAAACAUACUAAAAAGGAAAAUAUUAAAAAUAUAUAAUAUCACAAAAAAUACUAAUGUAAUAAAAUAUGAUCGUACUUGGGGCUAAAUACUCACAAAAAACAUUUAUGUAACAUUAGUUAUAGGGAAUAUAUUAUUACACUGUGCGGCACCAGGAAAUUGUCAAGUUGUGUGAAUACUACUCUUUGGAUAGGUGAGGUGGCUCCUAAAAAUAUUCUUCAAAAACCAGCUCGCCGACUUCCGUUGACCUUCCAGAAAGCAGUGAACAUUAGCAUUAGCCUGCCUUUCCGAUCCGAAUGCGAGGUGCAUAGCGACUAUCGAUCGUUCGCUAUUUCUUAUCACAAAGACUAUUGGUGCUCACACUCACCAACGUAAACGUACGCCCGUAUCAGCUGACACGAUGAAAUUAUUGAGAGCCCCAUGCAAAUGAAUUCCCACCACCGUUCCAUUCCGUAGUAUCGUAGAUCGUUGUUUCAUCGUGUCAGUUGCGUACGGGCGUCCGGAAAAUUAUCCACCCGUUUACGUUGGUGAGUGUGAGCACCAUAAGUUGUGAUGAGUUCGAUGAUAAAAUUAGCUACCAAUCGAGGGCGCAAGCGAAAUUUCCCCUUAAAGAGAAGAAGAAACAAAAGAGUCAACAAACGGAAAAUUAUCCACCUCUUGCAAAAACCAGUAGAAGAAGAGAUAUCAGCUUAGACAUUUUUAUGUUGUACAAACAAAAAUACUACAAAUUUCAAAAAGACGCAAGAGCAGAAAUGCUCAAAAGGCCUAAUUCCACACAAUUUUUAUCCAUAUGCCGAUCAUUGGCGACUAGAACGCAGAUAUUAUCCUUUUUGAAAAUUGUAAGACUUUACUUUGAGUUGGGUUUUUACGUUAAAUGGCUAUUUGAAGCCCAAAAUUCUGUUAAACGUGACAUUCCAGAAUUAAUCUAUCAAAUGAAAACUUCUCAUUCGGGUGAAUUUCAACGAAAACUUUGUGAUGGUGUUGUCGACUGACAAUACCCGUGAUUGAUGCUGUCCGCGCUGCACAGCAAUUCGGCAUAGGACAUCUCUAGAUUCUUCGUUGAUUGCGCUCCAAGGGCCGAAAGCUUUCCCUGUACUCAAGACCAUUUAAAUCCAAUUCACAGCUCCGCGAUGUGGACAGAAUGGCGGACGAAGUCAGGGUGCGGUAGCAAAUAGUCAACGAGCUGUCAUUCUGUUCGUAUCGCGCACCACCCACGGUAUGCGAGGUGCUUGCCCGCAAUGACUGUACAUAAGGAGGUAACAACUAAUGUAGUUGUCCGUAUACACGGGCGGCUAAUUUUCGUAGUUCUU